AUUAACUAGUAGCAACUCCAUUUCGAAGUAGCGUAAACAUGCACGCAACCCAGUUGAUGUUAUAACCUCCGCGCGAGUGAUCAGUACUCGUGUAUUCGCUCAUAAUCAGCGUGUGUUUUUCAACGUGUUCAAGAUGUCUAACUACAACGAACAGUAUCAAUUCCAACAGCAGCAGCAACCGCAACAACAGGAUUAUUGGAUGCAUGAUCCCAAUCAGUACGCCGGCUUCGAACAGGGACAGGCCGAUAGCAGUUACAACUUUGAGAUGCCUGUUCAGCAAGACUUUGGCAAGGAGUUGGACUUUCAAACGUUCGACGCGAACGUUGGAAAUGUUCAGCAAUCGGCCGAUAUGUACGGAGCGAAUCCAUAUUUGAAUGGCGCUGAUGCUGGGUAUUAUCAGCCGGGGCCUGCUGCUGCCGGCGACAAGUUCGAAGACUUCGAAGACGAGCCUCCCCUCCUCGAAGAAUUGGGCAUAAAUCCGGAUUUCAUCCUGCAAAAGGUGAGUUCCGAUUUUCCGCUUCGCUUUGAUGGUAAAAGGCAAAACUCAAGACGUGAUGCGACUGCUGGCCACAUCGUCUACAACUCAAUUUGUCCAGACCCUGACCGUGCUGAACCCGUUUCGGAGCGCCGAGGCGGCCGCCAUGCAGGAUACGGAUUUUGCUGGACCAUUGGUUUUCUGCCUUACAUUCGGCGCAUUUUUAUUGCUGAGCGGCAAAGUGCACUUCAGCUACAUUUACGGCAUCGGCGUGAUGGGCUGCGUUGGAAUGUGGGCGCUGCUCAGCCUGAUGUCGACCAGCGGCGUCGCGCUUGGCACUGUUAUCACCGUCCUUGGUUAUUGCAUCCUGCCAAUGGUCGGCCUGUCCGGCGUCAACGUCGUGCUCAGCCUGCAGGGUUACACCGGAAUUGUGUUAACAUCGAUUGCUAUCGGCUGGUGUAGCCUAUCCGCUUCCAAGCUGUUUGUCACCGCACUGUCCAUGGAUCAUCAGCAGCCGCUCGUCAUGUAUCCCUGCGCUUUACUCUACGGCGUGUUUGCUUUAAUCACUAUUUUCUAACUAAUUAACCUUAAUUAUACAUCCUGAGCUUGUUAAUACUCUAUUACAACCAGGAUGUAAAUUUUUAAUUUUUGCAAUGUUUUAGUUUUGGUUUUACUGGGAAAAUAAAUUUUAUACUUGGAAAAA